UCUUUCUCGCGUUGCAGAUUUAAAUAAUGGCCUUUCAACUAGACGAUUUACUGAAGGAUGACAAGAAAGACGUAAAUUUGAUACCCGAUUUAAGUAAAGCAACUUGUAAUUCUUACGAAGAAUUCAGGCGACUCAAAGAGCACUGUCCGGAAUUUAAGAUUAAACCGGAAAAGGUAAAACGGGAAGACACAAAGGUUCGCGAUAAAGAAUUUUCUUGGAAAGCUACAAAGAAAGAACUGAAAAAUAUUAGCAGGGAAUGGGCAUAUGGAAAUCCAAUUCCAUCGGAUAUGAAGGAAUUAGAUCUGCAAGAGUUGCAACAAGUCGCCAUCGAUUGGAGGAUGCUGACUCCAAUCAGACCGAAACUUCGUCAAGAUGAAGAAAUGUUUUCAAAAUUGGUGGAGAUGGGCAAAUUAGAGGCAAAAACUAUAAUGAAAGAGCGCCGUUUACUAAGGAGUCCUAUUAGACGAAAUAAAAAUCGUGCAGGAAUAAUCGAAAGCAGCGUAAAAACCUGCAGAGAAUGCAGCGAAGAGUAUUGUUUCGGCGAAUUUUGUGGAGAUGUCCUCUAUGAUUCCUUCACGAGGAUAACAAUCACUACUCAACAGUCAAAGAUUAAAAUAUCUGCGGACGCCGAAGCUAUAAUCGCUAAUAUGGACCGUAAAAAAAAGAAAAGGAAGAAAAUAAAAAAAAGAAUAAAAAGUAAGAACAAAACAUGCAGAAAAUCUGCUAGGUUGUUGAUCAACAACAGGGCGAAAAUAUCAAUAACGGUUCUUGAAAAUAAAAUUGUUAAAGCAAAGAAUAAUGAAGGACAAAGUGAGAAACCAGUAAAACAGUUUAAGAGGAAGUGUAGCAAGUAUACGAAGAAAGGCACUUUACGCAAGUAACAAUAAUUAUGAUAUUAAAGUAAGAAUAAUUAAGAGAUUAAAAAUUUGUAAAAAUGGUACAUUUUCUAAAACUAUAUGUACUUGUAAAACAAAUAACCAUGGUAAAAAAAUUGUCAUACUUCAUAUUUUU